AUGCCCCGCCGCCGCAUCGCCAUGCCGCCGUCCUGCCCCGCCCCCGCCGCCGUCCUCCUCCUUCUCCUGGUCGUCGCCGUCCCGCCGGCUCCAUCCGCGGCCGCGAGCCCCCGCCACCCAUCCACCACCGCCCCCACCACUGCCUUCGGCCGCUCUUCCGGGCUUGGCAACCUCACCCUCCUCGGCUCGGCCUCCAUGCUUCCAGGCCAGGCCGCGGUCUCUCUCACCACCAACGCCAGCGACGCCGGCCGCGCGCUCUUCUCCAACCCCGUGCGCCUCCUACUCCCGCCACCCAACCCGCGCGCCGCCAGGGCGCAGGCCUCCUUCUCCACCCGCUUCGUCUUCCGCGUCGUGCCCUCUCCAGCAUACGGCGACGGCCUCGCCUUCAUCUUCACCUCCUCCAGGACCUUCGUUGGCGCGGCCGACGGCUUCUUGGGCCUGUACGACUCCACCCUCUCGUCCAGCUCCAGCUCCUGCUCCGCCGUCAACACCGUAGCCGUGGAGUUUGACACGCACCUGGACUUGGCGCUGGGCGACCCUGACGCCAACCAUGUGGCGCUCGACGCCGGCUCGAUCUACUCAGCCGUGUCCGCGAGCCCGGGACUGGAUCUCAAGUCCGGUGGCGUGCCCAUCACCGCCUGGGUCCAAUAUGACGCGCCGCGCCGUCGCCUGCGCGCCUGGCUGUCCCACUCCGCGUCACGCAAGCACCUCAACCCGGCGCUGUCCAUAACUGUGGACUUCUCUGGACUGCUCAAUGACUCCAUGUAUGUGGGGUUUUCGGCCUCCAACAGCAACAAGGGCAGCGCCCUUCACAUCAUCAACAGCUGGUCUUUCAGGACCUACUGGCCGCGCCACACAUCCUCUGUUCCAUUGGCUGUGUCGCCGCCACCACCGCCAACCCCUCUGCCAUCGCUUCCGGCACAUCACCACAGCAUUGUGGCUUGGCUUGUCGGGCAAAGUGACCAGGACCAAGAUUGUGGAGUAUUCCCGUCGCCGGUGAACUUCCUCAACGGCUGCUGCUGGACGGCCUACCCGUUCCUCAAGUUCCAUCUCUACGUGACGGUCAGGCAAAGUGAUCAGGACCAAGAUUGUGGAGUAUUCCUGUCGCUGGUGAACUUCCUCAAUGGCUGCUGCUGGACGGCCUACUCGCUCAUCAAGUUCCAUCUCUACGGUGACGGGCAAAGUGAUCAGGACCAAGAUUGUGGAGUAUUCUUGUCGCUGGUGAACUUCCUCAACGGCUGCUGCUGGACGGCCUACUCAUUCCUCAAGUCAGACCUCUACAUGACGGUGCUUGUUUGCAGGGAUGGACAGGGUCGAUCGCUCGUGCUCUGCACUCUCACGCAGUACCGUGCCCUGGCUGAGCCAAGCAUCCUCCUGACUGCGCCCGCCGGCCUCGCCGCCGCCACGACUCUAUGGUUCGCCCUCGUGCACACGGUGCCGUGCCGCAGCCUGCUGUCAAAAGAGAGCACACUGUCGGCAAGACUAAAGGAGAAGGACGCCGUAAUGGAAAAGCAGGCCAGAUUGGUUAUACUUACCUGCAGGAGGUGA